UGAAAGGUGUCCUUAAACUAUGUUGGCAAGAGGAAUCCCGACUUCAAAGUACCAAUGUUGUUAGGAAUGUGACAUAUUAGUCCCACACGGGGGAAAUUCACAUCGUCACAGCAGCAGAAGGAUAGUAAAAGAAAAGAUGCCAUAAAAGAUUAGUUAAUUUUCACAUUUUCGUUGUUUCAUAAAAUAUGUUUUGUCAAACUGAUGCAUCACUUAAUAGACUCUUCCUUCCACUUCAAACAGCCGCUGGGGCGUUGAAUACUAAAAUGUUUCCGUCCCGGCUUCUGUGACCAAUCGCCACAAGCACAAGCCGCGAUGGGCGGGCUAGCAAAGACUAGACAAGUAUGACUACAAACAAAUCAACUGCCUCCCUGUGUGGCAGGUAUUUAUCUUAAAGGUCAGCACUUUUCCCACCACAAAUAUGCGUGCAGAGUUUUAACAUUGGUCCUCGGAGUGACUUCAGCCUGCUGCUCGAGUGGGAAAAGUGUGGGAAACUUUUUGCCUUCAAUGGGUUGAAGAAUGUGGGCUCGCUUUGGGAGGGAAAUAACGGUACACGACGUUAGCCGAAUGUUAGCUUACCAGCAACAGGUCGGUCGGUUAGUCAACAUAAGUUAACUGACUCGGGUACGGCGGCUAUGGAGCAGACGACUUUUUCCAAGUACUCUUGGAUCGAUUUUGUCUUCUCUGUGAUCGGAGUGUGUACCUUUUUAGUUGACUGGGGCUCGGACGUGUGGGUGGCCACCGAGUUUUACUGCCGGGGGGACUUUUUCUGGUUCGGGGUGCUGGUCGGCCUCAUGGUCCUGUCGUCUGUCGUGGUCCAGAUGUUCAGCUGGUUCUGGCUCAAGUAUGACCGAGAGCUGCCUGGCUUCAGCGCACAGACCGGGGGAGGAACCGUGCUGUUCGGGGACCAAGUGAAGCUCUCCUGCCUGUUACAUGUGCUGCAGCUGGGAUUCCUUUGCAGGCACAUCUCCGCCAUACGUCAAGGCUUCAGGGUUUGGUGGCGGAAACAGGAAGGGUCCGAGUAUGCCGUUUACCUGACGCACGACCUCAGCAUGCUGCGACUUAUCGAGACUUUCUGUGAGAGUGCUCCCCAGCUCACCCUGAUGAUCUAUGUCAUGCUGCGCACAAACAAGGCCAGGACUGUUCAGUUUGUGAGCAUCGCUGCAUCAACCACUUCCAUAGCCUGGAUGGUGGUGGAUUACCACCGCUCUCUGCGCUCCUUCCUCCCAGACAAAGCCAAGCAGGGCUGGGGUUCUUCUUUAAUCUACUUCCUGUGGAACCUUCUGCUUAUCGCCCCACGUGUGGCGGCCCUGGCCCUUUUCGCCUCUGUCCUGUCUGGUUACAUUGCUGCCCACUUCCUGAUGCUGUGGGUCGUCUUUGUGUUAUGGGCCUGGCAACAGAGGACAGACUUCAUGGACAGCAUCGGCGGGGAGUGUCUCUAUCGGGCCACUGUGGGGCUCAUCUGGUACUUCAGCUGGUUUAACGUAGCAGAGGGUCAGACCAGAAGCAGGAGCAUCAUCUACCAUUCCUUCAUCACCACCGACGGAGGAAUCCUGCUGGCGACUUGGUGGUGUUACCGGGACCCCGUCCUGACGGAGUCGUAUGCGCUCGCUCUGCUCAUCGCUCUGCCUUUCACCUACCUCCUGGGACUGCUCUUCAAAGCCAUCUACUACUGCUGCUUCCACCCCAAGCUCUGGAGGCCCCCGGUGAGGGACCCAGGACUGCCCAUUGAUCUGCCCGAUGCAGAAGUGUCUAGUAAAGCCUUUUCCAUCCAGGACAGCAGCCUGUCGUCCCAGCUUCUCAACAAACGGAUGGCCUGCCACGCCACUCAUUUUUACUCUGAACAAAGAGUCGUCAGAGACAUUGAUGGCACAAACCGAGCAGAGUUGUCACAUUUGUGAUGACUGACGGUGUGUGUCACAGCCAACCAUGUGCUACUGAUGCAAGGUUACCUUCUACUGUAGUGACAGAACACAACAGUCUCCCUCUAGUCUCGUAUUCGUGUUACACCAGAUGCUUCUUAUACUGUAAACCAAAACACAGGCUGAAAAACAGUACGUAAAACCAAGAGCUGUCAAUGUGGAUAAAGUACUUUUCAUAUGAGUACGUAGACCACACAUCGGUACACAUACUGUGAUAUAGUGGAUCAAUUGAAAAACCUUUAUGAUAAGUAAGAAUUUUUACUUAGCCAAAAAAAAUAGAAAUGCCUGACAAAUCUACACACUUCAUCACAUGGAUGCAAAUUCCAUGUAAACAGAAGAAUCUGUUUACAAAUUCAUAAGAAGUCACAGUGAAUUCUCUCUCAUAUUUCUGAACUCAACUAAACUUGAAACUGAGGUCAUUUGCUAAAUUAAUUUCUAAAGUAUCAAAGUGAAGUUAUAUUUGAUUCGUUUUCUACGGAGCAGAUUUUAUUUUGUUGCCUUAAGGCUCACAGGAAUUUAGAUGAUUUGACACCAACGCUUUACAAAGUGCCACAAAACAAAUACUUUGUCCAUAAUUAAAAUAUUGGAUGGUAAUAAUAAAGCGAUCGGAAUAGUUUCACAUUACGAAGGUUUUGUAACCUGACCUGUGUGGUUUGACAAUUUUUAAAUUUAUUCAGUUCACCUCUAAAAUUAAAUGAUUUUGCCAAACAUUGAAUUUCUGAGAUUUUUACGUGAAAAACGUCUGUUUGUGUUACAUUUUUGUUCGAGCUGCUGCUACUGGGACCUACUGAAUGACCGUGAAUGUAGACCUGACUGUCAACUCUGCUUUUAUCAUUUCUGUUCUGUUACUUGAUAGGCUAAUUUUUAUUGAUGAUGUAAAUUAAGUGCCAAUUCUUUGCAUGUCACCUAAGAAUUGUAUGUACAUUUUUAACAGUGGAUGCCAUCACCGUAGCUUCAGACGUCCUGCAGGUACACACCUGGCGUGACUCUGACUCCCUCGCCCGCUGUUUGUUUAGCUUGUGUAAAUGUCACGUGUCAAACAUCUCUGUUUACUUUAGAUGUUGGAUCAAAUUUGAAAAUGAUCAGUGUGGUGAAUCGAAAAGUGCCGCACUCAAAACCAUUGGCGUGUUUUAUUUGAAUCUUUUUCAUGUGUCCUAAGUUGGCGUGUCAUGAUGUUCUCAUGCGUUAAACCUUUUACAGCUCAUUGUUCAUUCCUACAAAUGUUCACCAAAGUACAGAUCUGUUUCUUUUGCUGAAACCAACAGCUAAGGUGCAGCCAUUAAAGUGAAUAACG